UUUGGCAUUGUGUACUUCCGUUUGUGAAAGCAACGUCAGUCUUCGAACAGCUGUAUCAAAACUUGUCUUUUACGUUUGUACGAGGCGAUACUCCAAAAUCAAAGAUGAAUUAUAUUGAGUCACUCCUACCGGAAUCAAUAAAAAGCAUUCCUACUCACAUGGACUUUGAUGGCCAGCGGAGAGCUGAACGAUAUUUUCAGGUCAUCAUAGUGCUGUACGCGAUUGUUGGCUUCGUCUGGGGAUACGCCACGCAGUCAUUCUCUCAGACCUUGUACAUCCUCUUUGCUGGAGUUUUCCUUUCUUCUGUGCUGACACUUGUGCCGUGGAAGAUGUACCGCAGCCAGCCGCUACAGUGGCAGCCAGCGCGCGUGGAGCAGGACAGCGCGACCCCCAGCCCCCCCGCCGUGACCGGGAACCCUGGCUCUCAGAGCAAGUCCAAGAAGAAGAAGAUCAAAGAGUAAACUCUGGACGGGUGGAUGGAUGGGAUAGGUGCUGAUGUUUUAGAUUGAUGAGAUAGAUGAUGAUGUCUUGGAUAAAACAGAUAGGUGGGGAUGUCAUGGAUAAAACUGAAAUAUGGGGAUGUCAUGGAUAAAACUGAUAUAUGGGGAUGUCUUGGAUAAAACAGAUAGAUGGGGAUGUCUUGGAUAAAACAGAUAAAUGGGGAUGUCAUGGAUAAGACAGAUAGAUGGGGAUGUCAUGGAUAAAACAAAUAGGUGGGGAUGUCUUGGAUAAAACAGAUAUAUAUGGGAAUGUUUUGGAUAAAACAGAUAGAUGGGGAUGUCAUGGAUAAAACAUAUAGAUGGGGAUGUUUUGGAUAAAACAGAUAGAUGGGGAUAUCUUGGAUAAAACAGAUAGGUGGUGAUGUUUUGAUUGAUGAGGGAAGUGGUGGUGUUUUGGAUGGAUGAGGUAGAUGGGGAUGUUUUGGAUAGAUGAGAAAGAUGCUGAUGUAUUGAAGAGAGACAUAGCAUGUGUAUGACAAGGAAAAUCUGGUGUUUGUAAUUGAUGUCUAUUGGCACAGUGAGGUUUUUAGUAUUUUGUUUGUUUCGGGGGGGGGGAUAAAAUUUGAGUGUGAAAAUCUGUGUGAGAGGUUUAGUCAUGAAAUAUUUUGUGUGAUAUAUUGAUCUAUGGUUAUAAUGGAAUGUUGUGAUUGUGCUUUAAAAAUUAAUUUUUUUAAAAAACAUUUAGUUUUGGUUUUGGGAAAUGUUAUACGGUAUGUGUUCAUUUGUUAGGAAAAGUGGUCACAGUGAUGGUACACUCCUAUCUGUUAGCCUAAAAUUCCAUUCUAUAAAAGUUGAACUUAUUUUUUUGUUUUUGUAGUUGAUGUUCGAGUUAUUUCAAGCUGUUAAUUAAUGAGUUCAGCAAAAGUAAAAGAAUUUAGAGCUACUGAAAGUUCUUGCCACUAUAGAUAGCAGUGAUAAUUGAAUGCAGAAGAAGAAGAAGACUGUGUAGUCUACCUGUAAAGUUUCACUAGAAUUAGCAUAGUAUAGUUUAGCACAGUGAAAUUGGUAGUGUACAGAAAUCUUUUUAAAUUGUUAUAUAUGAAUUCAGCUAAGUACGUGUUUUAAAUGCACAGAAUAUACAUCUAUAAAAAAAAUGUGCGACCUGAAUAUCUGCUGUCUAUGCGUUUUCUCGACUAGUUUGACCUGACAUCAUUUCCCGUCUUAGUCUCUUCUGCUGCUUGGGAAUCAACUGGUAUGUCAGUUUCUGCAAUAUCUCCAGCAUUCUUCUCAGCCGUUGAGUUUGAUGGAUUGUGCAGACUCAGGUUUUAGUGCAUAUUUUGUGAAAACGCUGUGAAAUUUACAAGAAGAGAAUUGACUGGUGGCCAACACUUCCCUCAGUGAUGUGUUUUCAACAGUAUGUAAUACCAGUACUGUUUCUGCCAAUGUAAUGGUCAUCAUGAGACAUUGAUGAAAGAGUUUUUUAUUAUAAUUAUUAUAAUAAAUGUGAGGCAUCGUGGUGAAAUCAGGUGCUUGUCAAAAUAAUGAAAUCAAAGAAACCGCCAUUUUUCUGCCUGUUUGGCAGUUUUUAUUGAAUAUUCGUUUUUUGGCUCAACACCGAUUAUGUCCUUGUUAAAACAUAUUUCUGUGUGGAUUUUACGGAAAUAUGAUGAUUAAAGGCACAAGAGAUGUAAAUGGUUGAAAUCUUUGUUGUGUUUCUUCAAGUACUAAUGUGUUAAUGAAUCGUUGUAUGUCUACAUGUACUGAUGUGUUAAUGAAUCGUUGUGUGUCUACUAGUACUGAUGUGUCAAUGAAUGAAUCGUUGUUGUGUGUCUACAAGUACUGAUGUGUUUACAUUGCUGUAUUACUUCCUUAUUAUUUAUUUCCAAUAAAAAUUUUGGUAAUGGAUUAAUA